AUGUUCGUUACAACUUGGAAGGAAGCAUGUCAGGAGCAGCCUGUGGCUAAGGUACUUUGGAGCAUGCUUCGGUCUUAUAAUACACAUUAUAAGAAGUCAAAAACAAUCAUGUCAAUGUUUUAUUCAUACCCAUUGAUUGGACUGCUGAAUGUUGCUGUCUCAUCUAUCAAAUUUGGAAUGUGGGAUAGCAUGUACGAUACAUUCCAAUCCACUGGCCAACACGGGUUAACUAACACUUGUACUCAUAAGUGUUCUGAGUAUUUGAGCACAGAUGUAGAACCAAGUAUUAAGGAUGCAGUACGAGUCAGUACAGAACACAAUACUGAGCAUACACUGACCUGCAUGGAGCAGGAUCAACAGUAUUAUCCACGUCGUGAGAGAGUCCAUAGUAGGCGGAAGGUCCUCCAAACGAGUCAGAAGAACAACAUACACAAAGGGUUAUCCGGAGGAUCUCCUUCUGAAUCAAAAGUCUGCUUUCUGUGUGGUCAAGCCGGACACGUCUGUAAGGACUGCUCUCAACUCCAACAGGCUGUAUCAUCUUUGGCUCCACAGAAUCCCCAGAAAUUGGUUCGGUACCCUGCUCAGUCCUACACAUCUGUUCAACUACUUCCAGUUGAGUCCCAGCCACAACAGAGCACGAACAGAGCACCAAUGCCCCAGAAAAGUAGAUGUGCACCUGUAGGUAGGGGUCAAGUCUUCAGAGUCACCGGAGGAGAAGCGAUGGAAGAGAGAGUCAAUGCUGUGAUCAAUGACUUCACAGGUGUUUCAGUUGAAGACAUAAUCAGGAAAGUUGCGACGUUUUUUGAGAGUGAUCAUGGAAUGCCCAUCAAUGGUAAAACAAUUCAGGAGAAGAUGUUUCUCUUUUUCAGAAAGCUUUGCAAUUGUGAGCUUUGGUUGGUGGAAGAAUUUUGUGUCAAGGAAUUUAGAUGCCUUGGUUUUGGGGAAUUUCUAAUGUUCUUAGAAAAAUAUGCCUGUCUACUGCCACAUGAGCCGUGCAAGUUCUUGACUGGUGACGGAAAUGGGAAGUGCCCUUUGGAGGUUUGCAUGCUCCAGGAUCAUUUAGUUGUUUUAGUAUCUCAAGCUUUAAAUAGUUUAUGGGAGGAUGAAAAGAUUACCAAACUGAAUAUUCCUGUACUGCUUAGGAAGCAGUUCCCAUCGAUUGGUUUCCAAACCAUCGAAAAUGGUUCGGUAGAAGAUUUUCUAAGUUUAGUGGGGAAGCAUAAAAACACUGCAAUUUCCAAACGUGUUCUUUUUUCAAUGACAUUAUGCGGAACUAGUUACGGUAUGGAGUCACCAGAACACUGUAAGAAUGACACAUUUAGGAGCACUUUGGUGAAUGCUAACAUUGGCCAGACAGCAGAAACCCAUGAAUCUGUUACAUCCAAAGAUGCAAUUAAAAUCCUACUCAGGGGACCAAUGAUGUCUGAUUUAAACUUAUGGGCACAUUGGGACCUCUUGUUUGCUCCCUAUCUUGGUACUCUUGUACCAUGGUUAUUGAAUGAAGUCAACACGGAUGAAUUGUUGUGUUUGGUGACCAAAGAUGGGAAAGUAAUUCGGUUAGACCAUUCAUCUACUGUAGAUGCAUUCUUGGAAGCUGUACUUCAAGGCUCCUCUUUCCAAACAGCAGUGAAAAUGCUAUCUCUGUUUGCACUAUUUGGGGGAGAAAAGCAUGUGCCUGUGUCCCUUCUGAAACUUCAUGUACAGCAUGCAUUUGAAGUCAUUUUGAAGAAUUAUGUAGACAAUAUGGAAAUACAUGGCAAUAAGAAUUUUCUAAGUCAAGGAGAAGCAUUGUGUAGACAGCAAAUGAUUGGUGAAGGUUCUACUAGUAAAUUUUGUAAUGAAUUACACAGAGAUGUAACCCGGAUGAAUACUGGUGAACCUGUUUUAUCAAGAUUUGUCAUUGAUUGCCUUGGCUAUCUACCUGCAGAAUUUCGUAGUUUUGCUGCUGAUGUAUUGCUUUCAGGGAUGCGAUCUAUUUUCAAACAUGCUGCUUCAGCCAUUUUGAGUGAGUGCAACCAGACAGAGCAGCGUCUCAUGAUUCAUGAAGUUGGCUUAUCUCUUGGUAUAGUGGAGUGGAUUCAUGAUUACAAUGAAUUUUGUUCCUAUGACACUACUGAUUUGUUCAUGUCUGGGGCUACAUGCUUCAAUGCUGUUAGAUAUGAAACCAGGUCAGGCUCAAAGUAUAUGCAGGAUGUGUCUGAUACGCUUGCCGCUUCUGAAGGGAGUAUUGGUGCAUCUGUUGGGGCAGAUAAGCAGAAAGGUGAAUGUACUGAACCCUGUAUAAAGAUUAGUGGUGCAGAAGCUUCUGAAGCUAGAGUUGGCAGUGGCUCAAAGCAUUCUACAGAACUUAAUGAACUUGAAGAUGCUGUCCUCGUAAUUGAGUCAAUCAGGAGAGAUGAAUUUGGUCUAGAUUCAAGCCUAUCAAAUGUUGGAAGUAGCAUCCUAAAGAAGCAGCAUGCCCGCUUAGGGAGAGCUCUGCGUUGCCUUUCAGAGGAAUUGUAUUCUCAGGAUUCUCAUUUUCUUCUUGAGCUGGUGCAAAAUGCUGAUGAUAAUAUUUACCCAACAAAUGUGGAACCAACUCUAACAUUCAUUCUUCAAGAGUCAGGUAUUGUUGUUUUAAACAAUGAACGGGGCUUUUCUGCCCAGAACAUUAGGGCACUCUGUGAUGUUGGAAAUUCAACCAAGAAAGGAUCUAAAGCUGGAUAUAUAGGGCAGAAGGGCAUUGGUUUCAAAUCAGUAUUUCGGGUUACAGAUGCUCCAGAAAUUCAUUCCAAUGGGUUUCAUAUCAAGUUUGAUAUAAGUGAGGGUCAGAUUGGUUUAAUUUUGCCCACAGUUGUACCUCCUCGCAGUAUUCACUUGUUUAGUAGCCUGGCAUCUAGUGACAAUGAUAAAGCGGAUUGGAACUGCUGGAACACUUGCAUUGUUCUUCCUUUCAGAUCUAUUUUAUCAGAUAGAACUGUCAUGAAAAGUGUAAUUAAUAUGUUUUCAGAUCUCCAUCCUUCUUUACUACUCUUUCUCCACCGCCUCCAGUGUAUUAAGUUUAGAAACUUGCUUGAUGAUACACUUACGGUCAUGAGAAAGGAUAUUGUGGGAGAUGGUAUCGUUAAGAUUUCACAUGGGAAAGAGAAAAUGACAUGGUUUGUAGUAUCUCAGAAAUUGCAAGCAGGUUUUAUUCGUGGUGAUGUACAAACAACAGAAAUAUCAAUAGCAUUUACAUUGAAGGAAUCAGAUAAUGGCGAUUAUUCUCCUGAUAUUGCCCCACAGCCUGUUUUUGCAUUUCUUCCUCUUAGAACAUAUGGGCUGAAGUUUAUUCUUCAGGGUGAUUUUGUUCUUCCAUCGUCUAGAGAAGAAGUCGAUGGAGAUAGUCCCUGGAACCAGUGGCUAUUGUCUGAAUUUCCUGGUUUGUUUGUUAAUGCAGAGAGAUCUUUUUGUGCUCUUCCGUGCUUUAAAGAGAAUCCCGGAAGAGCUGUGACAGCUUAUAUGUCCUUUGUUCCGCUUGUCGGGGAUGUGCAUGGUUUCUUUUCUUCUCUUCCGCGAUUGAUUAUUUCAAAAUUACGUGUGUCGAAUUGCUUACUCCUUGAAGGAGGAAAUAAUGAAUGGGUUCCUCCGUGCAGGGUCCUAAGAGGUUGGAAUAAACAGGCUCGUUUGCUUCUCUCUGAUGACUUACUGCAAGAGCAUCUUGGACUUGGGUUCUUGGAUAAAAAUAUAGUUGUGCCGGAUCCACUUGCAAGAGUUCUAGGUAUUGUGGACUAUGGACCCAAAGUUUUGCUUCAAAUUGUGGACUCUUUAUGUCAUACACAAAAUGGCCUCAAAUCAAUGGGACUGAGUUGGCUUGCCUCUUGGCUAAGUUCACUUUAUGCAAUGUCAUUCAAUUCUUCUGUGGAAGCUUCAUUUGACUCGGGAGUAGAAAUGGAAUUCAUAGAAAACCUUCGAAAAAUUCCAUUUAUUCCUCUUUCAGACGGUACAUAUGUUGCAGUGGAUAAAGGCCCAAUUUGGUUACAUUUUGAUGCCUUUAAGACUGGGUUUGAGGGUCAGCAUGGACUUGAGUCUUUUCCAGAUUUGUAUGCUACCCUUCAGAUUGUAAGUCCUAGCUUCCUUUUUGCAUCAUGUGCUGACGUGUCAUACAUGAAUGUGACGACAGUUGAAAAAGUCACAAGUAUGCUUCGUAGAAUUGGUGUCCAACAGUUGUCCGCACAUGAAAUUAUCAAGGUGCAUAUCUUGCCGGCUAUAUCUGAUGGCAGGAUUACAGAUAGGGAUAAGAAUUUGAUGACUGAUUAUAUUUGCUUUGUAAUGGUUCACCUGCAGUCGAGCUGCUAUAAUUGUCGAGUUGAAAAGGAAUACAUAAUCUCAGAACUACGAAAUAAAGCUUAUAUACUAACAAAUAAUGGCUUUACACGACCUGCUGAAGCAUCAAUUCAUUUCAGUGCAGCAUUUGGAAAUCCUGUGGACAUAAAUAAUUUAAUUAAUGGGGUGGAUAUGGUUUGGCAUGAGGUUGACAUCUCCUAUUUGAAGCAUCCCACCACUAGAUCACUACCAAAUGGACUGCUGAAGUGGAGGGAAUUUUUCCAGAAAAUUGGCAUCACGGAUUUUGUGAAAGUAGUUCAAGUUGAGAAAGGAAUUAAUAGUUUAUCUGAUUCUUUUUUGAAGAAGUUGAUUUGGGACAAGGACAGCAUUUCCCUUGGACUGAAUGCCACAGAUUGGGAGGCACCUGAAUUAGUCCAACUAUUAUCCCUAUUGUCCAGAGAGAACAACAAAAAAGGUUGUGAAUAUCUCCUAGAGGUUCUUGAUACAUUAUGGGAUGAUUGCUAUAGCGAUAAAAUGACCGGUUACUGCACUUCUAAAUCUGUAGCAGAUAGACAGCCCUUCAGAUCUUCAUUUAUAAGCUGCAUCUGUGAUGUGCAAUGGGUGGUAUCAACAAUGGAUGAUGAACUUCACUACCCCAAGGAUUUAUAUCACAACUGUGAUCCAGUGCGCUCGAUUCUGGGUACAUCUGCUCCAUUUUCUGUUCCAAAGGUGAGAAGUGGAAAGUUCGCAAGUGAUAUUGGGUUUAAGACGAGAGUUUCUAUUGGUGAUGUUUUUGAGAUUUUGAAACUAUGGAGAUGUGAGAACCCAUUCAGAGCAAGCCUAGCACAAAUGUUCAAAAUUUACUCAUUAAUCUGGAAUGAAGUGGCUCCUUCGAAUCAGAGAAUUACUGAUGAAUUCCAUCCUGGACCUUUCAUAUUUGUUCCAUAUGAAGCCAGCUUCAGUCAUGAGGAUGUGGUGUCUGGUAUAUUUUUGUCCCCUGAAGAAGUAUAUUGGGAUGAUUCCACUUCCUUCGUUAACCAUAUCAAGGGGAUCCGUCCUCAGUACAGCUCAACAGGUAUUAAUCAUAUUCCCUUAAAUAAGAUGCUGAGUAAUUUCUACCCAGGCCUUCACGACUUCUUUGUUGGUGGGUGUGGAGUACAUGAGAUCCCAGCUCUCCGUAGCUACCUUCGGAUUCUGCUAGAUUUAUCAAAUAUUGCUUUGCCUUCACAAGCAGCUAAUGCCGUUUUUCGAGUAUUCCUGAAAUGGACUGAUGGACUGAAGUCAGGAUUGAGUGCUGAGGAUAUUGUUUACUUGAAAGAUUCUCUUACAAAUAUUGAAUGUACGGUGCUUCCUACUGUUCAAGAUAAGUGGGUUUCUCUACAUCCUUCCUUUGGUCAUGUGUUCUGGUGUGAUGAUAUUGAGUUAAGAAAGCAGUUUAUGCAUUUGGAUGGAGUUGAUUUUCUAUACUUUGGUGAACUAAGUAAUGCUGAUGUAGAGAUGCUAUUUAAAAAAGUUUCCAUUCUCCUGAAAGCUUUAGGGAUUCCUGCACUUUCAGAGGCUGUAACUCGUGAGGCAAUAUUUUAUGGUCUGGCAGAUUGUAGCACAAAAGCUGCAUUGAUGGAUUGGACUCUUCCAUAUGCACAGCGCUACUUACAAAGUGUGCACCCUGAUAAAUAUACACAACUCAAGCAGUCUGGAUUUGAUAUCUUAAAUCGUUUGCAAGUAGUUGUUGUUGAAAAGCUGUUUUAUCAGAAUGUUAUAAAGAGUUCUGGCAGGAAAUCCAAUAAGAGGCUAAGAUGUAGCUGUCUUCUGCAGGGCUCAAGCUUUAGCUGCGGUGUUCUCAUUUCUGGGAAACUGCUCAAUGGAGCCAUGGGUCAGGAAAUUCUUGACCACCUCACCUCGACUCAUUCCUCAAGGCACGCCUAA